AUGGAAGAUCCCGAAUAUUUUAAUAAACUCGUAGAUAAUGUGGACUUAUCUUAUAUUGGAGGAGAGGAAGAACCUGCACAAUCACCCCCAAAGUCAGGAAUUUUGUUGGGAAAAACUUGGGACACUUUUACGGUUGAUGAAGUUGACAUUGCAAAAUGUUUUAUUUCUCUUCGUAAAUCCAUGCUAAAAACAAGCCCUAAGGUCCAUCCACCAUACUGGGGAGUCCUUGACUUGACAGGGCAACAUAAACCGACAAUGAAAAUGUUUUCCACGAAAUGGAAUGAACUGACUAAUGAUUUUGACUUGAUGUGGGAUGGAAAAUGGUCAACCUUGAUCAAUCUGAGUACGAUUUUUUUGAUAAUAUGGAGGGAACUUAUGGUCUGUUUUGUUGCUCCUGCCUUCAGGAUGAGCCUUGAUCCAAAUCAAGAAAUAUUUCAAAAACUCUGGUCCGAGCAACAACUAGUUGCAAGCCAGGAAAGACGUAGGCAUGAGCAAGAUCCCAAUGAUGAGCGUGUAUGCGCUGGACAAAAAACCGAUAUUAUAACAGUUUUGCCGACAGGACCAACUUUAGAAGGCCUCAUUUGUGAAGUCUCGGGAGGACUUCGAGCCAAAAAAAUUUGGACAGAUAAGCUGAAAUUAAUGACUGCUAACAUUUCUUUUGUUGCAGACCUACAAAUGAAUCUUUAUAUAAUGGAUAUUUGA